CGCGGGCGAAAACAAACAGCUGGGGCUGUGAGCGCCCCCGCCCUGGCCCCGAGAGCACGCCGGCCCCGACCCCCACCUGGGGCGCCCGCCGCCCACCAUGAGGAAGAUCCGCGCCAAUGCCAUCGCCAUCCUGACCGUAGCCUGGAUCCUGGGCACUUUCUACUACUUAUGGCAGGACAACCGAGCCCACGCAGCAUCCUCCGGCGGCCGGGGCGCGCAGAGGGCCGGCGGGAGGCCGGAGCAGCUCCGCGAGGACCGCACCAUCCCGCUCAUUGUGACAGGAACGCCCUCAAGAGGUUUUGAUGAAAAGGCAUACCUAGCAGCCAAGCAGCUGAAGGCUGGAGAGGACCCCUACAGGCAGCACGCCUUCAACCAACUGGAGAGCGACAAACUGAGCCCUGACAGGCCCAUCCGGGAUACCCGCCAUUACAGUUGCCCAUCUGUGUCCUACUCCUUGGAUCUGCCAGCCACCAGUGUCAUCAUUACCUUCCACAAUGAAGCCCGCUCCACCCUCUUGCGCACAGUGAAGAGUGUCCUGAAUCGAACUCCUGCGAACUUGAUCCAGGAGAUCAUUUUAGUGGAUGACUUCAGUUCAGAUCCUGAAGAUUGUUUGCUCCUGACCAGGAUCCCCAAGGUCAAGUGCCUGCGCAAUGACCAGCGGGAAGGGCUGAUCCGCUCCCGAGUUCGCGGGGCAGACGUGGCCGUGGCAGCCAUCCUCACCUUUCUGGACAGCCACUGUGAAGUGAACACUGAGUGGCUGCAGCCCAUGCUGCAGCGAGUGAAGGAGGACCAUACUCGCGUGGUGAGCCCCAUCAUAGACGUCAUCAGUCUGGAUAAUUUUGCCUACCUUGCAGCAUCUGCUGACCUUCGAGGAGGAUUCGACUGGAGCCUACAUUUCAAGUGGGAGCAGAUCCCUCUUGAGCAGAAGAUAAGCCGGACAGACCCGACCAAGCCUAUAAGGACGCCUGUCAUAGCUGGAGGAAUCUUCGUGAUCGACAAGUCCUGGUUUAACCACUUGGGAAAGUACGACGCCCAGAUGGACAUCUGGGGAGGAGAGAAUUUUGAACUCUCUUUCAGGGUUUGGAUGUGCGGUGGGAGCUUGGAGAUUGUCCCCUGUAGCCGGGUGGGCCACGUCUUCAGGAAACGGCACCCCUACAACUUCCCUGAGGGCAAUGCCCUCACCUACAUCAGGAAUACCAAGCGCACUGCAGAGGUGUGGAUGGAUGAAUACAAGCAGUACUAUUAUGAGGCCAGGCCCUCGGCCAUAGGGAAGGCCUUUGGCAGUGUGGCUACGCGGAUUGAGCAGCGGAAGAAGAUGAACUGCAAGUCGUUCCGCUGGUACCUGGAGAACGUCUACCCAGAACUCACUGUCCCGGAGAAGGAAGUGCUCCCUGGCACCAUAAAGCAGGGUGUUAAUUGCUUAGAAUCCCAGGGCCAGGACACAGCUGGUGACACCCUGCUUGGAAUGGGGAUUUGCAGAGGGUCUGCCAAGAACCCCGUUGCGGCCCAGGAGUGGCUGUUCAGUGACCAUCUCAUCCAGCAGCAGGGCAAGUGCCUGGCUGCUGCCUUCCCCUCCCCUGGGGCCCUGGUCGCACUGCAGGCAUGCAACUUGAAAGAAGGCAGUCAGAAAUGGAGGAGAAAAGGCUCUUUCAUCCAGCAGUCGGUCAGUGGGCUCUGCCUGGAGACACAGCCUGCUCAGCUGGUGACCAACAAGUGCCAGGCCGACACCCCAGCUCAGCAGUGGCAGCUGUUGCCACGCACAUGACUGUAGCCCGGAGCCUCCUGUACCUUUUGCAUGAGACUUUGGGACCAGAGGGGGGUUAGGGUGGGGGAAUGUAAAGUGGGCCGUCUCCAUCUCCUCACAUUUCUGCCAGAAUCAUCAGCAAACACCCCUGCCGCCACAUACAUUUCUCCAAAGCCGAUGCCCUCUCUGUCAUCCCAGUUCUGCCCUGGGAGAGGAGGUGGUCACGAUCCUGGACUGUGACUGGGCAAGCGCCCCUGGCCCUUGUUCUCUCCCUUACCCCUUCUGUGGGCCCUCCCCUGUUGGCUGCAGGGAGCAAGGACAGAAGCCCACACAGGGGCCCCUGUAGUGCCAGGCAUGAGAGCAGACAGAGGGCGUCAUGGAUGGAGAGGUUGAUGGCUGGGGACAGAGGGAGGGAAAGGAGAGGGGCAGCCUGUAGAGGCAAGUGAAGGACAGGAAGGAGGUGACCUGUCUGAGAGACACCAAGCCCAGGUGGGGGCUGCAUUGGCGGGGGGAGGGAUGGGGUCCUGGGGGCAAACGAUGGGUAGUUUACAGAACAUAGAAGAGCAGCAAAGCCCCCAAAGAGCAAGGCCUCUUCCUUUUGAGGUAGUUUCUCCCCCACUUCAUCAGCCUGAAGACCUGAGCCCAGUGCUUUACCUCCAACCCUGCUGUUGCGGGUCCCUGGAUGCUUAGCAAGAGGCUUCAGAGGAGUCUUUAGGGGCCGCCUUGGGACAUGUUUAUCAGACAGACUCCACUUCUUUUGCCCAUGUGUUACCUGAGACCUCUCCCUCAAGCCUUAAUGACCGGCUGGAGCCCUGUCCUAUAGGAUGGGCAGCCACCUUGCACCACUGAUCAGCCCCUCCCCCAUCUUAGUUUCUGACCCUUGCCUUCCCAAAGGUCUCUGUCUCUGUAAAUACAGCAUGAUGGGGUCGGGGUGACAAAAAUCACCUAAGUCAUAAGAGGAGGCUUCAGACUAAGCUUAGACCUCAUUCCACCUCCCCACCCUAGGAAUCGUUCCCUAGAAGGGGCAGCCAUUGCUGUGGGCUGGGAAGCUGGCUGGGGGCUUCUGUUACCUUCUUGCAGCCCCUGGGUCUCCUUUCUCCCUCCCUGAUGACUUUGUCUUUAGACUGCUUCUGCUAUCCUCAUGCACCUCUUCCCCCACCCUACAGGUUCAGGCAGUGUGAUCUUGGGCAAAAGGCUGUUGGUACCAGGACUCCAAAGUGAACCAGCCUGGGAUGGACAUGCCUAGCCCCAGGAGCCUCCAGUGUUUCAUAGGCUUGGGAUCCACGAUCCCUAGGGAUUCAUGGAUUCUAGAGAGUCUGGGAAUCUCUUGAAAUUAUCCAAAAAAUUGCAUUUUCCUGGGAAGAGAGUCUGUGGCUUUUCUCAGCUUCUUAAAGAAAUCCCUGAUCCCCAGGGGGUUUUCUGCUCUGGACUGGACCCACCAUCCACCUGAGCUCAUCACCCAUCUCCCUCCCUUGUGUGCCCAAACUGCCAUCUUCCUGCCCCCUCCACAUAGUGCUUGGGCUGGGAGCCAAUUUCCCUUGUACGAAGUACCCACCCUGGAGGGUUCUCCACUGGUGUCCUCUGACCCUCUGGCUCUCCCCAGUGCCCUCUCAGCAGUGCUCCUGUGCCCUACUGUGUGCAACCCCCAACCCUCCACUCCACCUCCCUGGGGUCCUUCACCCUCACAGCCACACAUCUCCAUCUUCUAUUGUGAGAUUUCAUCCAUCUCCAUCUCUAUGGUCCUUGGAUAGCAUUCCUCUGGGAUACCUCCUGCUGCAGCUUAGGACAGAACUGGAGCAGGGAGAUGGCCUCUACUUAGAGGAUGGAUUCAAAGGCCUGGGCACCCUUGGGCAUGGCUUUUUGGCUGUGGGGAGCACUGGCUUCUCUUGAUGAAUGUAAGAGGACUGUUGCUCAGAAGGCCUUUGAGAGGGUCUCUCCCUCGUUCCUAUGUCUUGACCAGCCUCUGCACUUGCCAGCAGUCUUUUGUGGGGAUUCACCCCUAUUCUGUUUGCUUUUCCCAUUCUUGACCAAAGCAUGUGCCACUAGCUGUCCUUGAGGACCUAGUCUUUAUGAAACAGACACCUGGAAUAAAACCACUUUUCACGUG